AGUUAGUUAGCAAGAGAAAAUGCACGCCAGAAAUGCUCCUCAAGCCCUGCUGUUAACACACUGCGCUGCUUCCAAUGCAUCACGGUCCUGCAAUGGCAGAGCUGUUCAGAGAGCUGUUAGCCUCCCCGGAGAGGGGGAAAAGCAUCUGUCCUGGCUGGCCGCUCCAUGGCUGGAGAGCUCUGUGUGUGUGUGCUGAGGCCGUGCCAUCGUGUGCCAGCGGUGGGAGAACGCUGGCUCCUGCCCCGGGCAGCAGAGGCAGGGCAACACGAGGAAAGGCAGCGCUCGGUGCCUGUGCUGGGCACAGCAGCUCUGCUCCCUUCCCAUUUUUCCUGAUGGUUCUGGCUGUACUAUGUUAAAUGGAGAGCAAACCCUGGUCCUGCUAUCUGUGCUCCUCUGCUCUCACCAAUGUGCUCAAAGACCUGGCUCUUGUAAUCUCUUGGGGUGUGCUGAGGGAUUCCCUAGAGGCUGUAAAGCCACUGGGGUGGAGGCUGUGUCUCCAUCACAGUGCAGGCAGGGCCGUGCAUCCCUACUACAGGGUGUGCCCCUGCCCAUUGCCUCAGAGAAGGCCGAGCCCAGCCUUCCUGCCUCUGGGUCACCUCCAUCGCGAUGGGACUAUGGCCGCUCUCCUUCAACGCAGAAUCUAGAGCAACAACAAAUAUGAAAUCCUCUGCUGCUAAUUUAGCAUCUCAGAUCCCUGCCACACUGUAGCAGCUGGGCAGCGAGGCUUUGUGCGUACAGAUGCUUCAGGCUCAGCUUUGAAAAUAAACCCAAAUAAGCCACUUUUUGGAGAUUAAACUGACUCCUCCUGGAAACCACUGCAGGGGAAGAGCGCUUGUUUAUUAAAAAGAGACAGCAGGGAUCAGGGCAUGAAAGGAGGCUUUGUCUCCUCGGCUAUUACCUUACUCCAUUUGUCUCUAUCUUAAUGCCUUUUCUUCAGGUGUGCAGGGAAUCUCAGGCACAAAUCUCCCAGCUCCAUCAAAACAUUGGGCAAAGAGCUCCUAACAUUGGGCCCUGCACCUCUCGGAAGCCCUGUGCCACCUGCAGCCACCCCCAAAUGAGUGCAUCUUUGGUGGCAUCUUGGGGGGGGAUGUCGGUCUGUGAACGCUUGGGGGCUUGGUGAGGGGGGCUGAGAUCUCCAUGGCUGAGCUGGAGGCAACACCAUCUGUCUCCCAUCUCCGGGGACCCCCAGGCCCUGCAGGAGCGGGAGACAGGGAUGCAGGGAUCCCCUCUGCUGCAGCGGGCAUCCCCCGUGGCGCGGGGGGGGGGGGGGGUCCCCGGGCAGGGAAUCACCUUUUUUUUUUUUUUUUUUUCCGGGGGGGUGGUGAGGUGGUGGGUGUCAGCAUCCCGGGGGAAGGGGCGGCUGUGCGAGCAUCCCACCUCCCUCGCUCGGAGGAGGAUCCGCGCCGCUCCGCGUCGCGCCGCGCCGCGCCGCUCCGCUCCGCCCCGCCGCGCCCGCCGCGCCGCAGCCCCGCAGCCCGGCCGCCGCAGGGCCGGCGGGGAGCGAGCGGUAGCCGGCGGCAUGAGGCGCGACCCGGCGCCCGGCUUCUCCAUGCUGCUCUUCGGCGUUUCCCUCGCCUGCUACUCGCCCAGCCUUAAGUCGGUGCAGGACCAGGCGUACACGGCGGCGGUGGUGCUGGAGGGGAAGGUGCAGUCCGUGGGCCCCCCCGCCGGCGGCGGCAAUGACAGCCGGGGAGCCGCCGGUCCCGCCGGGGGGGUCUUGGUGAAGGUGCUCGACCUGUGGCCCCUCAACAGCGGCGGGCUGCAGCGGGAGCAGCUCAUCAGCGUGGGCUCCAAGGCGCCCUGCUUUAAAGUGAAGCGCAACCACCGCUACAUCUUCUUCCUGGAGCCCACCGAGGAGCCGCUCGUCUUCCGCACCGCCUUCGCCCCGCUCGAUACCAGCGGCAAGAACCUCAAGCGGGACGUGGCGCGGAUCCUCUGCGCCGACUGCGCUGUCCCUCCCAAACUGAAGAAACUGAAAAGCCCAAACGUUCAUGUUGGCGAAAAGAUUUCACUGAAAUGUGAGGCGACCGCUGGAAACCCUCAGCCAUCCUACAAGUGGUUUAAAGAUGGCAAAGAGCUGAAGAAGAGCAAAGAUAUCCGGAUCAAGUAUGGGAAUGGGAAAAAGAUUUCCAGACUGCAGUUCAACAAGGUGAAGCUGGAAGAUGCUGGGGAGUACAGCUGCGAAGCGGAGAACGUUUUAGGGAAAGACACCGCAAAAGGCAGCCUGAAUGUGAAAAGUGGAACAACGAAAGCACCACAAGUCUUACCAGCCUCAGAAACUAAAAUAGUUGUUAUGGAAGAAGAGUUAACCACAACUCUCUCCUCCUGGUCCGGGCAUGCUAGAAAAUGCAACGAAACAGCCAAGUCCUAUUGUGUCAAUGGUGGAGUAUGCUACUACAUUGAGGGGAUUAAUCAGCUGUCUUGCAAGUGUCCGAUCGAAUUCACAGGAGACCGGUGUCAGCAUUUCGCAAUGGUCAGCUUCUCCAAGCAUCUUGGAUUUGAAUUAAAGGAAGCUGAAGAGCUCUACCAGAAGAGAGUUUUAACCAUCACGGGAAUCUGUGUUGCCUUGCUUGUGGUGGGCAUCGUCUGUGUGGUAGCUUACUGUAAAACCAAGAAACAAAGAAAACAAAUGCAUAAUCAUUUACGGCAGAACAUGUGCCCUGCCCAUCAGAACAGGAGCCUUGCGAAUGGGCCAAGCCAUCCACGUUUGGAUCCUGAGGAAAUCCAAAUGGCUGAUUAUAUUUCUAAGAAUGUUUCUGCCACUGAGCAUGUGAUCCGAAGGGAAACAGAGACAACUUUUUCGGGAAGUCACUCCUGCUCCCCGUCUCAUCACUGCUCCACAGCCACUCCAACAUCCAGCCAGAGACAUGAAAGCCACACCUGGAGCUUGGAGCGGACAGAGAGUCUGACUUCAGAUUCCCAGUCUGGGAUAAUGCUGUCCUCGGUGGGAACCAGUAAAUGCAACAGCCCUGCGUGUGUGGAGGCACGGGCUCGCCGCGGGGCUGCCUUCUGCAUCGAGGACUCACGGAGGCCCAUGACGCAGUAUCGUGACUCAGUGGAUUCUCUGCGGGACUCACCGCACAGCGAGAGGUACGUGUCGGCCCUGACCACACCAGCACGCCUGUCGCCUGUCGACUUCCACUACUCGAUGGCUGCACAAGUGCCCACCUUUGAGAUCACCUCCCCCAACUCGGCGCAUGCCGUCUCCCUCCCGCCGGCGGCCCCCAUCAGCUUCCGCGUGGAGGAACAGCAGCCCCUCCUGCGGCGGUACCAGCUCCCCUUCCAGGACACGCAGAGGUACGACAGCUACUACCAAAGGAAGACCUACCUAAAUGACAGCAUGGGGAGCCUGCCCUCCAGCCCCUUCCGCAUCACGGAGGACGACGAGUACGAGACGACGCAGGAGUACAUCACAGCGCUAGAGCAGCCAAAGAAAACAGCCAGCAGCAACAGGCGGUGGAAAAAAUCCAAACUGAACGGGCACAUCCCUCACAGAGCCAGAGCCGUCCGGGACUCCUUCUCCUUGAGCAGCGCCUCUUACAGCGAGUCUGACGAGGAGCUGGUGGCCGAGAGCACCCCAUUCCUAAGCACUCAGAACAAUGAGGCGGCGCACACAGAGUCGCCCCCGCUCCAUCGGCCAGGCGACAGCCGGACUCACUACUCCUGCAGCAGACACAGCGCUCACGGGGAGAGCGGGCGCAGCAGCCUGGCACACACGACACCCAAACCGGACCCAGAUCCUCUCUAGGCGCCUCCCAGACUCACGCGCCCGCAGACGUAACCCGCAUGGAGGAGGCUGAGGAGGGAGACAAGACAAAACAAAACAAAAAUAAAUAUUUUUAUUUUAUAUAAAAGAGGGAAAAAUAUAACAAAUAAAAUGUUUUAUUUUCAUUUUAGCAAAGUUGUCUUAUAAUAGCUAACGACAAUGACUUUUUUAUAGGGAAUCUCUAUUUAUAUGUAAUGUCUUGAUUUACAGCUUCCGAGAAAAAAAAAGUAAAAAAAAAAAAAAAAAGAAGAAAAGAAAACAAACAAUAAAGUUAAAAAAAAAGUGGGCCAAUUUUUGACUACUUAAAAAUAGAAAACAAAACUAUCGUGGUGCCUUUUGCUGUAUGCUAGUGCUGGGAUUCAUGCCGAGGAUUCUGUUUCAGUAGCAUUUUUAAGAUCAUAGAUUUUUGUUUGGGAGACAACCUGUCACAAGGGCGCUCUUCCAUUGGAAGAAAACAGCCUCGUCACUUUGCCCUGUACCCUGCUAUUAAUGAUCUUAUUCUUUAAGGUAUCGUUUAAACACACAUCAAGAACAUGAGUGGGAGCAUUUCCAUUAUCAUGUCUAAUGGGGAUCUGUCUUGCCCUGUAAAAUACUUGUAUUUCUGCUUAAAUCAGGAGAAAAAGAAACCCAACAGCAUCGUACUGAAAUGCAGAAAUAAUGUUUCUUUUGCCACACAGGUAGGAAGACAAAAUGAAAUCGCGCAGCAGCAGCCCUUACAAUAUAGCUCUCAACCUUUGGCCAUUUCACCUGUGGGUCUGAAGUUGGGUUGGCACAGGUUUGUAGUCGAACAAGGCAGACACCCAUAGGAACGUGGUGAAAUACUACCCCGUUACGUACAGUUGAAUCCAGUUCACUGAAGCCAGCCCUGGCAGGCAGAUGGCACUGCGCGGUGGGCCCAGCAGGGCAGUCUCCAUUCAGCUGUGGUGCCCUGUGGCUGCGUUGCCAUACUGGUGCCGCGCUGGCCGCGGCGUCCCCUUGAUGGAGCGGUGUUGCUGCGGGUGCGGUGUUGGCCGUGGUGCCGCGUGCCGUGGUGCCGUAGGGCUGCCGGGGCCGUGUUGUCCCGCGUGCCGUGCUUGGCCACGGUUCAGGCGGUUCCGGGAGGACACCCGGAGGGCAGCCCCGGGGCACAGCACGGCCACGGCUUGCCCUGGAUGCCGUGCCAGGCAGCUGCCGGCUGUGCUGCCCUGGGGUUUGGCAGGAGCCCAAGCGCUUUUGGCUCCGCUUGUUGCCCCUGAGUUGGCUGGGAAGGGCCCUGCGUGGGGCAGCCCAGCGAGCGGAUUCUUCUGUACCGCCGUGCCGUAUAUUGUAAAGAAAGACGGUUGUUACCGUCACAUCUUGCCAUCGAUGAUGGACGUCAAGUUUCCGAACUCGGAGCAGCUCUGGCCAUUGGCUCUGUGGCGCAAAGAGACAGUCCUGCGUGUCCAGGCGGCAGAGCAUCCCCUGUGGAAGUGCCCCUCUCUCCUCAGUUCUCUGCAGCAAACCUGUUUACAUUGUAGCCUGACUUUUUUCUUUUUGUAUUUUUACUUCUGCAUGUCCUUUGCAUUUCAGAUACUGUAGAUUGGAUGCAUGGUGAAGCUGUGACUGAGAAGAUAAUACAACAAUUGACAGUGUAUUUCAUUUAACUUUUAGCAAUAAAGUAACUAAACCCUCUAUUCCUCACCCAUGAUGGGGUCAGAUAGAAAACUCUGCUAAUUUGUCAUAAGAUGAUUGUCAAAGUUUGCUCUGGAUUGUCUGAAUGUCAGAACUCUCGACUGUUUAACACUUGAACAUUUUUUAUAUUAUAAAUAAAAUAAGAAAUAACAA